CACAUUUUCAUAUUCAAAGACUUUUGAAACAUUGAAUUAAUUAUACUUUAAAAUUAUUCAACUUAAAUCUAUAAAAUUAUAUUCAUAUUCAAUUUUUAAUAUAAACCUAAAUAUUAUAAACGAAUUGUCCUAACAUCGAAAAAAGAAUUCUUGAAAGAAAUAUCAAGUGGCACAACUACUAGUGUUGUGCUAGAGCUCUACUCGACAACCACAGCAGCUAUGACAGGUGGCCCUGGCGGCGGCGGUCGUCGUCUCGUAACUACACGUUAACGAUAAUAAUACCGGUUUGGCCAUCACUUUCUACCGUCGAACCAUCCUGGUCGGAUGGUGUUGUCUGCACACACACGGUGAGCGCGCACCGACGUGAACGUCGAGCAGUCAUUCGCUCGCCUCGCGCCGACGGAGUCGACGGACGUCAGGUUCGAUCGUAUUUUUCCUGCAAUAUAUUUUUAAUUUUUUAACAUUUUUUUUACUAUUCGCUCAGUGUUCGUCCAGCAAGCUAGCGACCAGAUAGCGGUAUUUUUGUACCUCCGUGUCAUCGCCGUACACACUCCAAAGUAUCCACUUUACAAUAUUGUGUUAUGUUAUCGAUUGACGCAGUGUCGCAUUCGACGAAAACUGACGAUGCCGCAAAGGAAAAGUUCAAGACCAUCAUGGAAGCCGGAAGCAACGUGCCUGUCGACACCGUACGGCCAAAAGGAGUUCCGGAAUGGUUCGACGCGCAAUUGUUCGCCAGGGGACAAAAGUAUUUUUAUUCCAAUUUCUAUGCAAUGUUCGCUUCAAAUUUGAUUGGAUUAAUAUUGGUAUUAACAGUCCCAACAAUAUUGGAUGUAUUAGUGUUCACAAAUAAAUCUUCAGAUCCUUACACCGCUUUUAGGAGGUAUCUUGAUACCAUUAGGCACAUGCUGAGGUGGUAUAGAUACGACGCGACAAAUGCUAAGUCAAAAUCUCAAAUUUCUGUGGCCAUUGUACAUGGACUUCAUUGUGCUGCGAAUCGAGUGUCGAAUAAGUCUGGACUUGGACUGCGGGUAACUCAAAAAGAUAUGUCUUUAACUCAAUUCGGAUUCAUGGGCUUACCGUUGUUGAAAAAAAAAGAAUUGGCCAUUGUAGGAACCGAAGAAGAUGAAAGGGCCCUUCUGCAUUUUUGGCGAACUAUUGGAUACUUGUUGGGAAUUCAAGACAAGUACAACCUGUGCAGCGGCUCCCUGGAGGAGGUGCGCGGCACGUGCGCCUUGAUCCUGCGGGACGUGUAUGCGCCGGGGCUGUUGAACCCGCCGCCGCGGUUCGAGCACAUGGUGGAGGCGCUGCUGGACGGCAUGAAGCCCAUCUCGCCCAUGCUGGACACGGACGCGUUCAUGGCGUUCACCCACGAGCUGUGCGGCGUACCGGUACGGCAGCCACUGGUCGCCCGGUACAGCCGGUGGAUGUACAACGUGCAGGUGUUCACGCACUCCGUGCUGCUCACCAACGCCUGGCUGGCCUUCGUGUUCCGGCCGGUGUUGAACUACAACAUGAGGUUCUCCGUGUGGCUGAACGUCAAGUUCCCGGUGGGCGCGGCGCUGCAGUUCGGCACCAAGGUGUUCCACCGCGUCCGCGAAGAAGUGCCGCCGCACCCAUUGCAGACCGUCAACGGAGGUGCUGCGAUGAUGCAGUCGGCGUCUUAGGCUAGGGGCGCAUUCGUGGCUGCGCUGUGUGCCGCGUCGUCGUGUUGAUCUGGGCAUUCAUUUUUCAAUGCAUCGUGCGCAAUAACCUGGUUGUAACCAAUGUGUACCUAUGUACCAAGCGUGUUGAACACAGUUUGACUUUUAAACCAUAUUGGUUACCAGUUAUGAUGACCAUUGUAUUAUAGUCACCACACAACUCUCUCGACGCGACACACGACGUAGCCGUGAAUCCGGCUUAACGCUGCUCUCUCCGCGGCCAUAUACUCAUCGUAACAAUAAUGAUAAUAUUAUAUUUUUUAUGUUAAAAAAACCGUUCGAUUUAAGCGCACCACCACCCUUACCCUUAUACUUUAAAUAUGAUCAUCCCCAUGCUGCUGCUGCUGCUUCCCACGAACUCACGCCAUUGAUUCGCGUUCUUGUCGUCUGCGGUUAUUCGAUGCAGAACAGAUAAGAAGUCGUUAAAUAACAUAUUUUGUGCAUAUUAAUCUCUCAUAUAAUGACUGAAUGCCGGUACUUACAUAAUAUUUUUUAUUCAAAGUGUAAGACGAAAAAUCGUGAGAAAAAGUGAACGAAGGCACUAGUAACUGACACAUAACAAUAUGUUAUUAAAUUAUAUUAAAAACCAUUCGAUUUCAGUGUGUAACUUUGCAGCAAGCCUAAUUAGGGGGGGGGGGUCUAAAUGUUCGUCAGAAACUGUUUAUUUAUUUAAAUCACUCCCGCAUAA